UCUAAUUUAUCUAUAGAAAUAGAAUCUAUAAAACAAACAAAUAUCAAUGUUGAGAUGUCUACCUUAGAUAGUGUAAGUAACUUAAAUUCUGAAAAUUUAAAUACUAGUGAAACUUCAAAAAAUAAAGAAAUAGAAGAAUCUUCAGAUGACAAAUUUGAAAGUGAAAAUGUAAGAAAAUUUUAA